GCGUAAACGUCGCUCGAAGAAAGUCGUCAUCGGUCGCUCCCAUCCCGUGUCCAGUGCAGAUUCCCCGCGUUUGUGUCGUUCCGAGGUGCGCGGCGCGGAUCGUGGUCGGGAAGACGGUGGUGGUAGGUGGAACACGGUGCAAAACGUCGCAGACUUUAGCUUGUAUUGGCAAGUUGACGUUUGUUGUGUUCAGUUGCGUUGAGGGCGAGCAAGAACCGGAAUCCGGAAUCAGUAUCGGCUCGGAACAAGGAUUCCGAGGAAUUUUCGAAGCUUUCAACGGGGAAGAAAGUGACAAGAAGCUGCGUGAAGGCAACAUCCCAAAUCGUCAUCGAGAGGCAACAUAGGGGGAACCGUUUUGCGGACGCGCGGGUGUGUGUUUUGGUCUCUGCUCUCGAUUUAUCGAUUUUUCGCCGUCGUCGGUCGGUGGCGUCCAGGUUUUCCUCGUCGGGAGCGUCGCGACGUCGCAAGUGUUUGUGAGUUGGAAAAUAUUUGCGGCAUAGUUUCCGCUGCCGGAAGUGGGUUUGUUGCUGUCGAUAGUGAUUGCGCGUGGAGUCUGUCUGACCAGUGGCCAGUGUGUGAGAAAGUGCCAAGUCGGAGGGGUCCAGCUUUCACAGCCUCCGGCUGCUGCAGUCAGCAUCUUUGUGUUUGUGCUUGAGCUAGCAACAAAAUAGUGACUAGUGGAACCGGGAAUCGAAAUAUCCCAGAUUUAAACGAUGGAAUAAGUGUACCAAACUCAAGAAUCUACCCCAGAAUCUCAACAAACAGGAAUCUCAAACCCCGGAUUAAACAUGUGGAUACCAACUAGCAAUAAAUACGGCGUCGCCAUUCACAACUGGCACGGCGAUGUCACGCACGGGCUCGCCCUGGACGUGGGCGAUUUCGUCGAGAUCCUCGAGGAAACGACGCACUGGUACCGGGGCACGUGUCCCCGGAAGCCGCGCAAAGUUGGCCUCUUCCCGAAGACGUACAUCCAGGCCCGGACGGCCAAGCUCGAUCCCGUCGUCGGCGAGUGCACCCUGGUGCUGCGCGAGUGGUCCGAGAUCUGGAAGAAGCUGUUUGUGGAACGCGAAGAAUACAAAUUCACCUCGCUGCGGAAGGUGAUGCUGGGCCUGCUGGAAAGCAGGCGGGAGCUGCUGUCGGCGACGCUCACCCAGGACCAAACGUACGACCUCCAGAUGAAGGUCAUCUCCAAGAUUGACUGGGGAAAUCGAAAACUAGGCUUAGAUUUAGUACCGCGAUUAGGUACGCUAGCGGUCGAUCCGCACAAGAUCGGUAUCGUGUCGUUGCACCAGGUUCACCAGGCUUCAGCCGAAAAUGCCAAAGCAGCUUCGAACCGUGGCACGUUGCGCCGCAAGGUCGGCAAAAAGGUGCUCACCCACCAUCUGUUCCUGUGUCUGCGGGACUUUGGCCACCGCAUCGGGGACGAUGCCGAAAUUUACUUCUACCUGUACGAUGGGAACACGAACAAGAUGCGCGCCCUGUCCGAGCGGUUUCUGGUGAAGAUCGCCAAGGAUGGGUUCUCGACGUACGUGGACACGUCGCACAACUGUACGGUGUUUACGGACCUGGGAUCGUCGGAUCUGAACCAGGAUCUGUACCUGAUUGCGAACGUGAUGCGGGUGGGCAAGAUGCUGCACUCGGAGUCGGUGAAGAAGGGGGACAAGUUUGUGAGCAACCACUCGUACAGGCGACCGUACGGCGUUGGAGUGCUUCCGCUUGGGGAGUUGGGUCAGUUUGACCAGACUGUGGAGUCGGAGGAGAAGGAGUACAGUUUCAAGAUCUUCCAGUGCGAAGAGAAGGACUACCACCAGUUGCACGAACUGAUCAUCAAGAAGGCUAGCGGGAAGUUUCAGCCGAUCAACGCGAGCACCCAGGGACAUUACGGGUUGGUGGUCUCGUUGAAGUUGAUCCAUGGAGGGUUGAGUCAGGCGAGGAUCGAACAGCCGGUCCUGUUCCAGGGUACUGCCAUUACCAAAAAGGUCGGUUUUCCCGAUGUGAUAAUGCCGGGUGAUGUGCGGAACGAUCUCUUCCUAACGCUGGAUCGUGGAGAGUUUGAACGGGUUGGAAUCAGUACGGCAAAGAACAUUGAGGUCACCACGCUGGUGCUGGAUGAAAAUGGGCGAAUCAUUCAGGAGUGUAUUGCUACGGCAGCUGGAAACCCGCUGCAAGCGUACUACAAAACCAUGGUUCUGUAUCACAACAAUUCUCCGGCGUGGAACGAAACAGUUCGGAUGUUUGUGCCGAUCGACAAGUUUAGCAAAGCUCACGUUCGGUUUGAGUUCCGAAGUUGUUCAACGCGGGACAAGUCCGACCCCAAGUUGUUCGGAUUCAGCUUUGCACGACUCAUGGAACCUGGCGGAGCAACGAUCGCCGAUGCGUCGCACGAGCUGUACGUGUACAAGUGCGAGGACAUUCUGAAGAUUCAGCCAAAUAUCUACCUUCGGUUACCGUGCUCAGCCAAUGACAAGCAUGCCCAUUUGUUGGAGUCCAACUCGCCGUAUCACCGCAGCUCAAAGGAGGCUUUCUACGUCACGACGAUGCUCUGCUCAACCAAACUGACCCAGCACAGUGACCUCCUGUCGCUGCUUCAGUGGCGCAAUCAUCCAGAACGAAUACAAGACUCUCUCCAGCGGCUGCUUCGAAUACAGAACGAAGAGUUGAUCAAGUUUCUGCAAGACGUCCUGGACGCCCUCUUUGCCAUGUUCUCCACCGACGAUGGAAACAGCACGCCCCACUCGGGACUCGUGUUCCACGUGCUCGUUUCGAUCUUCAGCCUCAUGCAGAGCAGCAAGUUCCAGCACUUUAAACCCGUCAUGGACGCGUACAUCAAGGAUCACUUUGCCGCUCCACUAGUCUACAAGGGAUUGCUCUCCUCCGUACAACACCUAGCCGACUGGAUGACGACCGCCGAGAAUCUCGAACCAAUCCUGCAGUGCUUCACCUCGCUCGAGUUCAUCUUCAAGCUGAUCAUCCAAAGCCGGAAGCUGUUUGCGCACGCUUCCGGAGGCCAAUACGAGGACAAGUUCAAGCACGACCUGUUUGCCGUGUUUGGUUCGCUCAACAACAUGCUCCCCGUGUCGGGCAGUCCGCACAUCCUUCCAACCCAGGAAGCCCUGCUCAGCUCGAUCGGCGUCGUUUUUGAACAGCUGCGCGCGAUCAUCACCAAGGCCGAGCUGGAAACCCUAGUCAAAACCAUGCUGGACGCCGUCCCCAAAGAUGCCCAACCGCCGCUCAUCCAGGCGAAGCUCAAAGCCAUCAAGGACAUGGUCUCCGGACAAAUGUUCCAAGACGACGACACCCGCUCGGUGAUCCUCAACAUUGCCUGCAAGCACCUGCGAACCCACCUGGCCCGAAGGGACGAACUACGGCUUUGUUCCGAAAUCCUGGCGGAAAUCCUCAUCAAACUGCACGAAGCCAAAGUAAAGUCCGGCGAAAAGCCGUCCAACGCCAUCCAGCACGACCUGGACACACUGUUCUCCAACAUCUUUCCAAACAUGAUGCAAACCAUCACCGUACUCGGCAACGGAGGCAACGAAUCGCUCGUCUGCUCGCUCUUCGCCGUCAUGCUCGGCCUGAUGCAACUCCUCGACGAAUCUCACUACCAGCGGAUGUGGGACCGGCUGUGCAGCGGAGGAAACAACAAAGACGUCAAGGAAUUUAUCCAGCAGUGUCUCAACAUCUUCAAGGACAUCCUCGAGCAGGACUGGAUCAUCUUCUCCAAGGACUGGCUCGUGAUGAAAAUGUCCGCCAACGAGGUGCUACGGAAAACCCUAGAAGAACUCGCCAAACCGCUCGUGUACCGUUUCCUCGGCCCGCAGUCGUUCGACUCCCAGCUGUGGUGGUCCUACUUUAGCGUAGCGGUAAUCUUCCUCACCCAACCGUCGCUCCAGAUCGAGCAGUACCACGAAACGAAACGGCGCAAGAUCCUGAGCACCCACGGCGACAUGCGCGUCGCGAUGGGCUUCCAAAUCCUGAGCAUGUGGGCCCAGCUCGGCGAACACAAGCUGCACUUUAUCCCGUCGAUGGUGGGCCCGUUCCUGGAGGUGACGCUGGUGCCGGAGCCGGCGCUGCGGAAGGCCACGUUCACCGUGUUCUACGACAUGAUGCAGUGCGAGCAGGUCUCGCGUGGAUCCUUCCGCUUGGUGGAAAGUGAGCUCAUAGACAAACUGGACCUUCUGAUCAGCGAAAACAAGGGUGACGAUGAGUAUCGCGAACUGUUCAGCACCAUGGAACAGUUGUGUCUAGCCUUGCUGGAACGCGUCCAGGCGGAGAAUCCCCCGUGGCGCGAGUCGGGCACGGCGUUCAUCUCGUCCGUGACGCGGCUGCUCGAGCGCCUGCUGGACUACCGCAGCGUGAUGCAGGGCGACGAAAACCGCGACAAACGCAUGACCUGCACCGUCAACUUGCUCAACUUUUACAACGACGAAAUCAACCGGAAGGAGAUGUACGUGAGGUACAUCUACAAGCUGUUGGAUUUGCACCUGGGCGCGGAGAACUACAUCGAGGCCGGGUUGACGUUGAGGUUGUACGCCGACAUGCUGUCCUGGGACAGCGAAUCCGUGUCGGACGAGUCGAAUGGGCCGCGCGAGUGGGAGCAGAAGGAGAAGAUCUACAAGAAUAUCAUCAACUACUUCGACAAGGGAAAAUGCUGGGAGAAGGGAAUUCCGCUGUGCAAGGAGCUUGCCAUGUUCUACGAGCGCAAGCGGUUCGACUAUAAUCGGUUGAGCGAUGUGCUGAUACAGGAGGCCAAGUUCUUCCAGAACAUCCUGACGCAGCUGCGGCCCGAGCCCGAGUACUUCCGGGUGGGCUACUACGGCACCGGCUUUCCAUCGUUUGUGCGGAACAAGCAGUUCAUCUACCGCGGGCUGGAGUACGAACGCAUCGGGGCGUUCAUCCAGCGGCUCCAGAUUGAGUUCCCGACGGCGCAGAUCCUCGACAAGAAGCACUACCCGCCGGACAGCUCGAUCCUGAACUCGCCCGAGCAGCGCUUCCACGUGGUCAACGUGCGCCCCAUCUCCGAUCCGAGCCAUCUCAAGAGUGCCAAAGUGACCGUCCCGGAGAAGAUCUCCAAGUAUUACGAGGUAAACGACGUUACCAAGUUCCAGUACGAUCGGCCCGUGCACAAGGGCGUCGUCGACAAGGAGAACGAGUUCAAGUCGCUGUGGAUCGAGCGGACGAUCUACGACAUUCAGCAGCCGCUGCCGGGCAUUCUGCGCUGGUUCGAGGUCACCAAUGCUUCGAUUCACGAGCUAACGCCGGUGGAGUUUGCCUGCGAGACGGUGGCCAACGUGAACAAGGAGCUGUCGGACUUGAUCGUGCAGUAUCGGCUGGAGCCGAAGCGUAAUCUGAACCCGUUCACGAUGCGGCUGCAGGGUUCGGUGGACGCGAACGUCAACGGUGGCUUCAACAAGUACCAGGAUGCGUUUUUCACCGAGCGUUACAGCAAAUCUCCGGAAGGACUCGGUCAGGCACUGCACGUUCAGCGGCUAAAGCGGUUGAUCUUUGAGCAGAUGCAGAUUUUGAGGCAAGCGUUGGAGCUGCACCGGAGUUUGGCUCCGGACGAGGUGCUUCCGCUACAUAACCGACUGUCGGAGGCGUUUUUGGAGUUGGAAAAGUCCACCGCCGAGUGGAAGACGAAUAUUAAUAUUCCGACGAAGCCGCUGCCGCCGUUGCCGAUCCAGCAGCAGUAUCACCAAUCUCAGCCGCACCAAGUUGGAUCGGUUCCCGGUGACCGAAGUUCCGCCCACCAAAAUUACUUUGCCGAAGAUCACGACGAAACGUACACCUACUUGAACCGGAAGACGCUUUCGCUUUCGGGGAUCGUUCCGAUGACGGCGAUGACUUCGUCCCCAAUUCCUGCUCCGCAAGUUCCGCCGCGUGAUUCGAUGUGCUCGUCCCCAUCGGCACCGCCGCUUCCCCCGCGAGGUCACACCCCGGACAAGCGCAACUCCAACCCGAUGCCAUUCAGCGAGUUUGAACAACACCAGCAGGGUUCGGUGCCGGCGAGGCCGCGCUCCAAAAAGUACUCUCUCUACGAGAUAUCUCUGAACGACAGCGUUGGUUGCUACGGCAGUCCGCGGAGUUCUGGCGAGCUCAAGCACUACGACCUCGGAGCGGCGGCCGCCGCGUCCUUCAACCGUGACUCGGGCAUUUCAACCAGCUCACAAGAACUGAACAACCUCAACGCCGGCGGUCAAACGCCAAGUCACCAUCACUACCACCAGCCAAUCACGGCGGUCGUCCCGGUGGGCGUUCCCCCGCCUCCACCCCUCGAAGAUUUCAACAUUUCCUUCAACGGUAAUGGAACCCCGUCGGCAACAACCCCCCGAGGCCACCAGAAAACCAACUCCAACCCGGAAGCGUACAACUUUACCACCAUCCAGGACCACAAAAUGAACUCGAUCAACAAUUCAAUCAGCAAGAUGUCCAACGGUGGCCAAGGCGCACCACCCCCUCCCAUCCCCCCGAAGUCCGCCUCGCUGCAGCAUCAACAUUCCGUUCCGUUGGCCACGACCCAUCACCUGCAGCAGCACCAGCGGAACCAGUCGCUGAACCUCAGCCAAAACUCGUCCUCGGACGGGGGCGACGGAAUCAGCUUGAACGACAUCAGCCCGGCACCGCCGCCCCAGUUCAACGACAACUUUAGCGACAACUCGUUCAGCGGGGACGAGUGCGAACUGCUCGGGGGAAGUGCGACCGCGGACACGGCCGCGUAUUGCGUGCCCAGGAUUUCCGGGACGAACAGUUUGGGCAGGAGGUCGGUGAACAAUGGGGACGGUGGUGGUGGUGGUGGGGUGGAGUUGGGAACGUCCCCGCCGACGAUGGCGGGUGGAGUCACGAUGGUUCCGAUGCGGCACGACGAUGACGAGGAGGAGAUUUUCUACUAGAGAGAGAGAGAGGGUGAGUGCAAUUUCAAGUCACGUUGGAACGGGGGAAACGGUCGUUCUAAACGUUUGAAUUGUAUAAAUAAGUUCCAAAAACGUAGGAUUAAGCUGAAAAAUUAUGCUUCUGUUGGUUGUCUGCGACGAUGAAUAAUAAAGCGAAAAGUAUCAACAUAUUGAUACAGACAUGAAACUAUUACAAAUGAAUACUUACGAAAUUUCUACCACAAUCGAAAAAUUUGGGGGGUCAAAUUUGGGAAUUCUUCAAACAUCAAGUUUGUUUAAUUGCUCCUAAAGUGGACUCCGGAAAAUUACCCAACUAAAAACUUUAUACCAACGAGCGUAUUUCAAGCUGAAACAAUAUUCGUUGUUCUUAAAAUUAAACAAAAUAAACAAACAAAAAAUAAUUUCCAAACAUAAAGCAAAUGGUACCAACGAUUACUGAUCAGGUGGCGCAACGCAGAGGAAGCAAUUAUUUUACGAUUACGCGGUGCGGUGGUGAUGCAGCGAAACACAUGUCGUCCGAAUGCCAAACAACAACAGCAAGGAUAGUAGUAUUUAAGGGUAAACAAUUAUUGUAACCGCAAAAAAAGAGAAGUAGAAGAAGAGGGAAUAAAAGCUGUGACCAUUAUACAACUCAUACAUAUAAACUCACGUAUAUUACUGG